UCUGAUAUUUCUUCUAAGUUCAGUGACAGAACAAGAAAAAAAUGGAGAUCAGAGCGAGCGAAGACAUCAGCAUAGGCCAAGAUCUAACCCCUCCACUGGCUCCCCUCGCUUUCUCACUCCACUCCUCCUCCCUCCUCUCUCACUGCUCCGCCUGCUUCUCUCCUCUCUCUCCUCCUCCCCACCUUCCAUUCCCCAACCCCUCCUCCUCCUCCUCCUCCUCCUCCUCCGUCCUCUACUGCUCCCCACAAUGCUCCGAGGCCGAUUCCGAUCUCCACCUCUCCAGCGCCGAGCACCACCUCCUCUGCUGCCACUUCCACGGCGGCUGCGACACCUCCGACCUCCGCGCCGCCCUCCGCCUCAUCCGCCGCUUCGAGCUCCUCAACCUUAUUUCCCGCCAAAACUACCAGUUUGAGAGAAUUGGCGGUUUGAUGAGCAAUCGCGAUAAAUUGAUGUCUUCCCUGAACGAAGAAGAAGACGGCGACGUUUUGGCGAGGAUUAAGGAUGGCGCGAAGGCCAUGGCGAUGGCGAGAAGGAUGCGAGACGGUUUGGCUUUAGAAUGCUCGGGGUUAGGGGAGUGUGUAUUGGAAGAGGUGGUGUUGUGUGUGGUGUUAACGAACGCCGUGGAGGUUCAGAUUAGCGGAGGAGGUCCCGCCGUUGGGAUUGCUGUGUACGAUACGACAUUUUCGUGGAUCAAUCACAGCUGCUCCCCCAAUGCUUGUUACUGGUUUUUGCAGCAGAAUGAGUGUUCCGGUGGCGCGUCAUGGUCGCGCAUUGUUCCUGCCAGCAGUGAUGGAAUUGAAGAAAUGGGAAAUGGUAACAAAUGUGAAUCAACAAAAGUGAGAGCUAAGGAAUAUGGUCCCAGAAUAAUUGUUGGAAGUAUCAAGGCGAUUAACAAGGGUGAGGAGGUAUCUGUUGCUUACACUGACUUGUUGCAACCUAAGGUAUUUUGGUCUUCUCCCUAUUAAAUUUUAUACAAAUGUGUAAUUAUUAUUAUUAUUUUCUUU